AUGGGAUCGGAAAUCAGUUGUUACAAUAGUUGGUAUUGGACUUUGCUGCUGGGAUGGGAAGAUUCAGACCCAUCUGGAGCUUUCGACAGUCCAAACAGAGCUUCCUAUCAGCGGAGCUCGGCAAUGCUACCGAUCAUCUCUGAAGUUGUUUCGAAUAGAUGUUGUAGAUAUAAUCGUCGCCAAGAGAGUGUCCGCCCUGGGAGACACAAGGCUAUCGUUGGAGUUGCCAACAUCGAAGCUGAAGGGAAGAGGUCAGCAAUUCUCCCAGUCCUCGACGCGAACCUCCCGAAAUCUGAAUUGAGAACUUAG